AUGCGCGGUGACGACGAGGCCUCGACGCCCUACUGUCGCUGCCGCGUCCUCUAUCUCGGCUCGGCGGUGCCCCACGCCAGCAAGGAGGGCCUCCUCGGCGUCCAGGAGCCGCUGCGCGAGCUCUACCCGGAGCAGGGCGCUUCGGGCGCACGCGGCAUCGACUCCUGGCUCUCGGUCUGGUCCAACGGCCUCCUCCUCGAGAACGUCGACGAGAAUCGCAAGAAGGUCACGCGAUUCUUCCCCAUAGAGUCGCUGCACUAUUGCGCGGCGGUGAGGCACGUGCGCACCGCCGGGAGCGCCGGCCAGGACGGCAGCGGCAGUAAUGGUCAGCUCGCGACGCGCUUUCUGCCCCUCGACUCGCCGUUCACGCGCUCGCCCUCGGCCAAUCAUCCGCCCCUGUUCGCGGCGGUGCUGAGGCGCACCUCGGGCAUCAAGGUGCUGGAGUGCCACGCCUUCAUAUGCAAGCGCGACAUGGCGGCCAACGCCCUGGUCAGGUGCUGCUUUCACGCGCACGCCGAUAGUAGAUUCGCCAAGGGUCUGGAGCCGGGUGGCAACGGCAGCUCGUCGCCGAUCAUGAAUGGAAACGGCACGAGCAACGGUACCAACGGGGGCACGUCGACGCCGACCAACGGUCAUCUGAAUCACAGCCACUCGAGCUCGGGCUCGCUCUACAAUACUCUAAGAGAGUCGACCCUGAAUCUGAGCGCCGAGACCAACGGAUCGCCCAGCAGCACCAAGUUGGGCGAGGCCAGCAACGACGAGGACGAGGCUAGCCUGUACAACGGCAAUGGCCACACGGCCGACGAGAAUCACAAGGUCUGGGCCAGAGGUGGCGGACGAGACGAGCUCGACGCUCUGUACCAGGAGCACGGCACUCUGCGCAGCCAGAGACGACCGCGUCAGCUGAUCGCUCCGCCGCCACCACCGCCACCGCCACCGGCACCCAGCCAGCCGCUCAUCAACGACGAGUCCAACACGUCCUCGGCGGCGCGCAAAAAAGCCGCCAAGAAGUUGAAGAAAAUGAAGAAGGAUCGAGCUGCCUCGCUCAUGCAGGAGGAGAUGAUGCAGCAACAACAGCAGCCGAUCUACGGCAUGAACGGUCACAACGGGCCGAUCUACGCCAACGGCCAUCAUCCACCACCGCCGCAUCAUUUGCAUCAUCAUCAUCAUCAUCACACGCUGGGCCAUCCCAUGCCGAGGGGUGGUGGACCACCGCCACCACCUGGGGCAAUGGGUGUCCACUAUCCCGCCGGUCUGCCGCCGAGCAAUCGGUCGAUCGCCGGCACGCUGGCCCGACCGGCGCCCACCCCGCUGCUACUGGUGCCGGCCUCGACGCUGCCGCGCAAGGGCAUGCAUCCGCGGGCCAUCAGGCCGAUACCCGCGGCGGCGCCCAUAGUGCCGAUCUACGCGCCCCUGCCGCCCAUGGGACCGCCGGGCGCCCCGCUGCCGGCUGGAUUGUAUCCGGGCGCCGGUUACGGCACCACGGGCAAUCGCGGCAAUCAUCGCAGGUCGCACGCUCCACCGCCCGGAUGGGCAGUGAUGGGCAGCGACGGAUUACCCGUGGACGGCUCUCAACUGGGUGGCCUGGUGCACUCGAGACGCAUAGCGAGCUCGCACGCCGAUCUGAGCCAGCAGCAGAAUGGGCGAUCGAGCGACAGUCCGGACAACGAGUCGCGCUUCGGCACGGGCAUCUAUCGGCGCAAGGGCCACCUGAACGAGCGCGCCUUCUCCUACAGCAUCAGGGCGGAGCAUCGUAGUCGCAGCCACGGCAGUCUGGCCUCGCUGGGCUUCGCCGGACAGCAGCAGCCCAAUGGACAGCCCAACGGACACGCGAACGGAUAUCAUCAUCACUCGAACGGAGAUAACAGUCCACCGGCACCGGGUAGACACAUGGACAAGAAGGAGCGCGAGAUGCAGCACCUGCUCGCCGGCCUGACCCUCGAGGACGGCGUGGUGCUCGACUCGCGCGGCAACGUCGUCCAGCACGUCGUGAAGAACGGCAACGGUGCCAUUUACAUGCCCCAGCCGAUGCCGAGGCCGAGACGUUGA